AUGGAAGAGGAGGACCCGACGGAAGCGACGCCCCUCAAAUCGAAGAAAAAUGCCAAGGCGACGAAGAAGGGCCAACAUCGAAGGACCAACUCUGUCCUGCAGCGUUCCUAUCCGCACCGCUACAUCGCCCGGCACGAGCCGACCCUCGAAGAUUACAACACCUCGACCAAAUCGGAUAAUGUGAACCGGGCGCUGUUCCAGAUGGCCAUGCGUUGGUCCCUCAUCAAGUCCUUCUGCAGCCUCAUCACGCUGGGCGGUGUGGGCAUUAUCGUCCUCACCGUAGUCUCGACCAUGGUCUGUUACCACUACGACCUCGAGGCCGCCCUUCCCCUGGCCUUCCUCGGCACCGGCAUCUUCUUCCCCAUCUCCUUUGGCAUUUCGUGGGCUUUCAAGCGCAGAGAGCAGGCGCUGAUAGACAUGGCGGAUCUCAAGUCGGCCGCGGUGGCUCUGUACCAGUGGACCACGAGGAGGCGAGGCACCUGGCGAAAGCAAAUAGCAAAAAGCGACACACCAAGCAAGAAAGGGAGGUACGCCACGGACCUACUCACGGCAAGCGGCACUUUCUCGCGAACGGCGUCCGAGGCCAGCAUGGAGACCAUUGCGGAGGACGAGGAAGUCCUGUCAGACGCUGAGGACGGUAUCUACAUUAAUUACAAUAAUCACGGAAGAAUGGCUUUGGAGAUGAGGACGUUGUUGAUUGAUCUCUUCGAGGAGAUCAAGCAACAAGAGGAGCUCAGACUACGCAAUGACUGGGUGGCGAGUCUGCUCUCUCAAGCUCAAAAUCAUACACGAUUACCGAACACCAUCUACCCUGCGCGGUUAUGCGUUCGUCUUUCUGUCCAUAUUCCCAAUUCUAUUUGGCCCAGCGUUCGCCGCACUCGCUCGGGACUAUGGUCUUUGGGCUGGCAUAUUCACGGCGUUGAUAUCCAGCUUGAUGUUUGUCACAUUGGGCAACAUACAAACGUUUGUGGAAGACCCCUUUGA